AUGAAUCUCCGUAAGAUUGGUACUUGGGAAAACAACGAUACUGCAACUAUCUGGCUUAUGAAAUUUAGUGUUCUUUGGCUUUUCAGUCAGAACUGUUGUAGAGCAAGUGCAAUUUGGACUGCUUACAUGAACAUAUCAUUUCAUGUUGGGAACCGCAUACUGUCAGAAUUGGGGGAGACUGGAGUCUUUGGGAAAAGCUCCUCUUUGAAGAGAGUGACAGGUGUUCUACUGCCACCUGAGGGAAAAAUUCAAAAUGCAUGUAAUCCCCGAACCAACUUCAGGAGAUCAAAGAAUGCAGAGACGUGGCUUGCACUUAUUGAACGGGGAAGUUGUACCUUCACCCAGAAAAUUAAGGUGGCAACCGAGAAAGGAGCCAGUGGAGUGAUCAUCUAUAACUUUCCGGGAACUGGCAAUCAGAUUUUCCCCAUGUUUCAUAAGACAUUUGAAGACACUGUGGUGGUUAUGAUUGGUAACUUGAAAGGCAUGGAAAUUUUGCAUUUAAUUCAAGAGGGAGUUCGUGUGACAGUCACAGUGGAGGUAGGGAGAAAACACAUCAUCUGGUUGAAUCACUAUUUUAUCUCCUUUAUGAUUGCCACGACUGCUGUCUUCACGUAUUUCAUCUCUUACCACGUUCGAAGGGUUUGGAUAGCAAGGAUGCAGAACAGGAGGUGGCAACGAUUAACCACCAAUCUUAAGAGAGCUUUUAGCCAGCUUCAACUUCGAGUGUUGAAAGAAGGGGAUGAAGAAUUAAAUCCUAACGGGGAUAACUGUGUUGUCUGCUUUGAACCCUAUAAACCUAAUGAUACAAUUCGAAUUCUGACUUGUAAACAUUUCUUCCACAAGAAUUGUAUUGACCCUUGGAUCCUAUCCCAUGGCACAUGCCCCAUGUGCAAAUGUGAUAUUCUGAAAGCUUUGGGGGUGCCAGGGGAUAUUGAAAAUGGAGCUGAAUCUCUGCAAGUUCUAAUGGCGAAUGAAUUGCUGGAAGCAGUAUCACCUAGGGAAGAGGAAGCCAGUAACGAACUUCCUCCCCUAAGGUCAGAUAAAGUGACCCAAGUGGAUGAGCACCCUACUUCUCCAAAUAAUGACAGCCAGCCGGACACAGUGGUGGGAACUGUUCAUCCCUCACCUUGA